AUGCCAAAAAUCACGGUAAUAUCUGGUGGAACUGCCACCAAUGAAUUAACACCCUUGUUCUCCAACUUAUCGAAAAGUAAUAAGACGUCGUAUAUAUUGCCAAUCUCAGACAAUGGAGGCUCCACGUCGGAAUUGAUUCGUGUUAUCGGUGGGCCAGCAAUAGGUGACAUUCGGUCUAGGUUGACAAGGUUGAUCCCACCACAUCAAGACAACAUCAAGCAUUUACUCACAUUUAGAUUAUCACUGGAUCCUCAAAUUGCCAAGCGUCAAUGGAACGAAAUUGUCGAAGGCACUCACGAGUUGUGGGCACCAAUAAGCUCGAGCACAAAGGAAAUCUUUCGAAGCUUUUUUGUACAUCUCCACGUUGAGCUAUUGAAAAGAUCAAGAAUUCACCACUCAACGAACCGACAAUUUAGGUAUGAGUUGGCAAGCGUGGGCAAUAUGUUUCUAACAGGUGUCCGUUUAUUCAUUGGGUCAUUGGAUUCCUCCAUCGAACUUUUCUGCAAAUUGACUGAUAUAUCUUCCAACAUUCAAGUCUUGCCAUGCAUAAACACAAACUUCACCUACCACAUAAGUGCCUUGUUGGAAAAUGGCUUGAUCAUAACUGGCCAGUCGCAGAUAUCACAUCCAUCAACGUCGCAAGAAUAUCCACCUCCCAUACACAAAACUCGGCCACCCACCCCGUCAGAUGAUGCAGUAAGAACAAACUACUUCUCGGGUGCGGAUAUUCCCAUCAAUGAAGUAGAGAUAAGUAAGCAGCAGCAACAACAACAACAACAUCAUCAUCAUCAUCAUCAUCGUAGUCGAAGCUUGAGCAUAGAGUCAAGCGUGUCAACAUUCUCUGAUUCCGAAGAAGAAGAAUCGGGAAAUGUUCCACAAUAUACCCACCCGGAGUUGAAAAAGUCACAAUUGCAUUUCAACAAACUGGAGUCCAUCGAACCUUUGCUUUCGCCAAUAAAACGGAUAUUCUACGUUUCACCUUACGGGGAAGAGAUAUGUCCUACAGCAAAUAAUAGAGUCACUUCAACCAUUGGCAGUAGCGAUACGCUAAUUUUCUCCAUUGGAUCGUUAAUGACGAGUAUUGUGCCUGUGUUGGUGUUGAAAGGAGUGGGCAAAGCAAUCACCACUGGCAAAUGCAAAAAUAAAAUAUUGCUAUUGAACGGAUGUCUUGACCGGGAAACGUUUGGAAUGACCGCGUUCGAUUUCAUAAGGGUUAUUGUUGAAUCCACCGAGUACUCCUUGAGAAACCAAAACUUGUGCUCGGGUCAACUCUCUUGGAAUAAAGUGGUUACACACUUGAUAUAUAUGUCAGACCUGAAAAUUGAAGUUGAUGUUGAUUUGUUGAAUUCCCGCGGAGUCCAGUGCAUUGAGGUGCCACGAAUUGACAGCACUGACUACUUUGACCUACAGCACUUGGAACUAGCUCUAGCAGACAUUAUAUAG